UGCGUUGUUCCUAGACAUUAUGCACAACAACUUUGCUAAAGAUGAGGCGAAUAACUGGGUAGCUCCACUUCCAUUCCGCUCACCUAGGCGGCGCCUACCUGACAAUCGGGAGCAGGCCUACAAUCGUUUAAUGUCGCUCCGCAAAACGCUGAGAAGAAAACCUGAAAUGAGAGCGCAUUACGCUGAGUUUAUGGAGAAAAUAUUCAGCAAGGGCCAUGCCGAACCAGCGCCCGCACUGGCGCCAGAUCAAGAGUGCUGGUAUCUCCCUAGUUUUGGCGUUUACCACCCGCAAAAGCCAGAAAAAAUUAGGGUAGUCUUUGAUUCGAGUGCUCAACUUGACAAUGUUUCUCUCAAUGACGUGCUCCUCAAGGGACCAGAUCUUAACAACACUCUCGUAGGAGUUCUGAUGCGGUUUAGGUCCGACCCAUACGCCGUUAUGGCAGAUGUGGAGCAUAUGUUUCACAACUUUGUAGUACGAGAAGACCACCGUAACUACCUUCGUUUCUUGUGGUUCCAAAAUCAUGACCUUGAUGGAAAAGUGCAAGAAUUUAGGAUGACUGUCCAUGUGUUUGGUAAUUGUCCUUCCCCAUCAGUCGCCAUCUUUGGACUGAAAAGAACAGCCAUAGAAGGAGAAAUGGAAUUUGGCAGUGACGCAAAAGAAUUCAUUGAACGGCACUUCUAUGUAGAUGAUGGGCUAAAGUCAUUCUCUUCCAUAGAGCAGGCCAUUGAUGUUCUUAGUAGGGCACAGAAGAUGCUGGCUCAGUGUAACAUACGCCUGCACAAAAUCUCAUCCAAUUGUCCUCUCAUAACAGGAGCCUUUCCAACCGAAGAUCGUGCUGUAGGCAUGCAAGGUCUUGACAUUGGGCAGACUACCCCACCAAUGCAGCGCAGUUUGGGCUUAGGAUGGGAGCUGUUGACUGACCAAUUCAAGUUCCAAGUAAGAGUAAAUGAAAGGCCGUUCACAAAAAGGGGAGUUCUGUCAGUUAUCAACAGUGUGUUCGACCCACUUGGUUUUGCUAUUCCAGUAAUCGUAGGGGGUAGAACCAUACUCAGAGACAUUUCCACAAAUGUUUCAGAGUGGGACACUGAACUGCCAAAAGACAAAUUAGAACAGUGGCAAAAGUGGAAAAGUUCCCUCGGACACCUACAACAUCUUGAAAUUCCCAGAAUGUACACUUCAAUACCGCUGUCUGCAGCCCAAAGAAUAGAGAUUGACGUUUUUUGUGAUGCUUCCACAAAAGCCGUAGGUGCGGUAGCCUACCUCAAACUCACAAAUGAGGACGGACACAGCGAAGUGGGAUUCCUCCUCGGCAAAGCACGUUUAGCUCCUAAACCAGACAUCACCAUACCCCGACUUGAACUCUGUGCAGCAGUCCUGGCCGUGGAAGUAGCAGAGUUGGUUCUAGAGGAGCUGGAUGUCACAGUCGAUCAGGUGAAUCUUUACACAGACUCAAAGGUAGUGCUUGGGUACAUCUCAAACACCAAGAGACGCUUUCACGUUUAUGUGCACAACAGAGUCGAACGCAUCAGGCGCUUUGCACAAACUCACCAGUGGCAUUACGUGCCCACACACUUAAAUCCGGCAGACCAUGCCACACGAGCGUUGCCCGCUGAGCAGCUCUCCAGCUCCACCUGGCUCAGAGGCCCAGCUUUCCUCUCCAGGUUGGACCAAAGUCAAGUUCGAAGUCAAACCUUCGAUCUCAUAGACCCAGAGACUGACUGUGAGUUGCGUCCUGAGGUAACAACUUGCACUACCACCCUAUCAAAAGGCCAGUUUAAUAGUGCCAGAUUUGAAAGGUUUUCAAGUUGGAAGGUGCUGCAAAAGGCUAUUGCCAAACUCCAACAUAUAGCUCAAUCAUUCAAGAACAACUCUGAGGUUUCCUGUCGUGGCUGGCACAACUGCAACAAACAUUUAACUGAAAAGUCACUGCAACUAGCCAAGACCACGAUCAUUCGCACCGUUCAAAGAGAGGUCUUCGCAGAAGAUAUUGGAUGCAUUGAAAAAGGCACAGCUCUAAAAAACUCAAGUCCACUCAGCAAACUGAAUCCAUUUGUUGACACGCAAGGGCUCCUUAAAGUUGGAGGCCGACUAAAGAAAGCACAGUUGUCUGCAGAAGAAACCAAUCCCAUACUCGUCCCUGGAAAGCAUCAUCUUGCUCAGCUCAUAAUAAGACACUUUCACGAAAAAUUAUGUCACCAGGGAAGGCAUUUCACGGAGGGAGCAGUCAGAGCAGGGGGCUUUUGGAUUGUGGGAGGAAAAAGAGCAGUAAGAAGUGUGAUUUUCAAGUGCAUCACAUGCCGCAAAUUAAGGGGCAGGCAACCUGAACAGAUAAUGGCUGAACUUCCUGAGGACAGGCUGUCCACGGACCCUCCUUUCACAAAUGUAGGCCUUGAUGUGUUCGGUCCCUGGUCCGUUACAGUGAGAAAAACGUGUGGUGCUAAUGCAGAUGCUAAAAGAUGGGCAGUCAUAUUCACCUGCAUGAGUACACGUGCAAUUCAUAUUGAAGUGAUUGAGUCAAUGGACACAUCGUCGUUCAUUAAUGCACUGCGUCGUUUCUUUGCCAUCCGAGGUGGUGCCAAACUCUUGAGAUCUGAUUGUGGGACAAAUUUUGUGAGUGCCUGCAAAGAGCUCCAAAUAGACAAACUAGGCUGUCACAAUGACAAAAUAGGCACAUUCUUGAAAGACAGUGCGUGCAAAUGGCAGUUUAAUCCUCCACAUGCAUCCCAUAUGGCCGGUUCCUGGGAACGCAUGAUCGGCGUCACCCGAAAAAUCCUCAAUGCAAUGCUCCUUGAACAUCCAUAUGGGAAGCUCACACAUGAAGUACUCGUGACAUUGUUAGCUGAAGUCACCGCAAUUGUAAAUGCACGCCCACUAACGGCUGUUUCUACAGAUCCCGAAAACCCAGUCAUUCUUACUCCUGCGAUGCUACUCACGCAAAAGGUUGGCACACCACCGAUUCCACCAGGGCAGUUUCAGUCCGGUGACCUAUUCAAAGCCCAAUGGAAGCGCGUGCAGUACUUAGCUAAUGUUUUCUGGAGUCGUUGGCAGAAAGAAUACAUCGCAGGCCUGCAGGUUCGUCACAAGUGGAAAACAAAAAAGCCAAACCUUCAAAUGGGCAACGUUGUUUUAAUGAGGGAGUCUCUAGAACAUAGGAAUAAUUGGCCACUCGGACUGAUCACAAAAUCUUUCCCAAGUGAGGACGGUAAUGUCAGAAAAGUUGAGGUUAAGAUUUGCCGAAACGGCGAGAAUAGGUUUUACAUUCGCCCAAUUCGUGAAGUUGUGCUUUUGAUGUCUAAGGAUAGCAUGUAAAACGAGUUGUUGUUUUGUAUCGUUCAUUAGUUAAGGGCUGACAUCUUGCAGAUGUCAGGCGGGGAGUGUUAUGUCCUCUGGUCUUAUGUUGACUACUUUUUGGGUUUAAUUUCUUUCUAAGAUUGUACAUUGUUCAUCCGUCCACAGGAUGUCGCUAUUCUAACUCAGAAUCUUAAGUUUUUCUUUGGUAUUGCUGUUUGCGCUCGGCUUCCCCUAGUGGCGACUUGCUGUAAGCAGCAGGCAGAAAGAACUUUUUAUUUCAGUUGGAAAAGAGGCCUUGAGGUGUUAAGACGUUGCACACCUCCUCUGCACCAUACAUCGUUGGGAACCCUUGACAAAACAAAAUCUUUUUACCACACACACGCACACACGUUGACACAAAGAAAUAAAUGAGAGGAAGGAGUUCGGGCCUCCAAGUUUCUUUGUCGGUUUAGCUCG